AUGAAGACUGGGAAUUUUACCUCUGGGAACAAUGACUUUGAAAAUGGCUUGGAUUUGUACAUGAAUACAGCAACUGGUGAUGACUUUGAUUGGGUGAUUGGCAGUAGUGGCUCUCGUGAUGUUCUUGAUGCUACUCUUCAAUUUAGCGAUCACACUCGCAGAAGUUCUGAUGGUCAUUUUGCAGCAGUUUUAGCUUCUGGCCAGAGCCCGAACAGCAGAGCCCAGCUGUUCACGCCACAAAUUGCUAUAGGAAAUUAUGCCUGUGUCUCUUUCUAUGUGUACAACUAUGCUGGAAGCAUUGGAACCCUCAACGUGUAUGGUUUUGACCCAUCUGGAAACCGCACAACCCUGGAGUGGUCUUUAAGCACUUUAGCCAGUAGAUGGGCCUGGAGCAGAGUUGGGAUAUCAACGAGCAACAGUACAAUGCAGGUGAUAUUUGAAUAUGUCAUUGGAACAAGUACUAGCGGAGUGGUUGCCAUUGAUGAUGUUAUCAUCUCUUCAAGCUACUGUAGCGCCAUCCCAUCAUCAGCGGGACAAGGCUCUGUUACUGUGACACCCUUUCCUUCUGUGUCGACUACCAAUGCUCCAGUGCCUUCUGUCCUGAAUUGUAACUUUGAGAGCAGUUGUGUGUGGACCCAAUCAACUCAGAACCAAUUCAACUGGACCAUAGUAUCAGUCUCAUCCAUCAGAGAUUCAGGGAUUUACAAACCAUAUACUGAUCACACUCAAAGCUCAGCAUUUUUUUUCUUACCAAAUGGUUCCUUUGUUUGGAAUCUCCCUUUUGAUAAAACAUUCUAG